CCCCCCCGCCUCCGCCCCCGCCCUGUCGGAGCUCCGGCCGCUGCCCCCGGGCUCGGCUCUGCCCCGGGUCCCCGGCGGUCACCGCUCUGCUGCCGUCCCGCCGGCUGGCGGCGGCCUGCCCGGUGCGGCCUGCCCGGUGCGGCCUGCCCGUGUGCCCUCCGCCGGGCCCCGCGCAGCGUGGGGGUGACGAGCGAGGGCAGCGCCGGGGGCAGAUGAGGUUCUCCCGGGAGCACAAAGCCGGCGGCAUCGCGGGUGGAUCGGGCCCGUUGCCAGGCCUGGGCCCCCCCCCCCGCGCCUUGUCUUGCCUCUGCUUGACGUGCCUGACGUGUAGCGUGGUGGAGAGUCGGUGAUCGAGCUGUAGAAAGAGCUAAUCUGCAGUAAUCGGGCCAUUUUCAGAUUUGACCCAGCAGAUGAAGACAAAAGAAAGAAACUGUGUGAGGGAAUUCUAAACAUCCUUGAAAAAGACACAAAAACUUCAUGUCAAGUUGCCUGCCUGGAGGCCCUCCGGAUUCUCUCCAGGGACAAGAAAGUUUUAGUGCCUGUAACCACGAAGAGGAACAUGCAGAUCCUUAUGAGGCUAGCAAAGCUGGACACUGUGGAAGAUCCUUUGGAGAGAGUGUCUGAAUUUCCUGUCAUAGUAGAAGCUUUAAAAUGCCUCUGUAACAUAGUUUUUAAUAGUGCUGUUGCACAGAAGCUCAGUUUGGAACUGAAUCUUGCAGCUAUGCUCUGCAAUCUUCUGGAAAAAUGCAAGGACCAACAGUUCGCUGAUGACAUUAAAUGCUUUGAUUUGCGUCUCCUCUUCCUCUUGUCGCUUCUGCACACAGAUAUUAGAUCGCAGUUGCGUCAGGAACUACAAGGGGUGCAAGUUUUGACUCAGGCUUUGGAAAGUUCCCUGAGUGUAAGAUGGACAGAAAAAUAUAAAGCAGCAGAAGAUCGUGACAGGCCUCCUCUAUCUUUGCAAGAGACAGAUUGUGCCAUUGAGGCACUAAAGGCUCUUUUUAAUGUAACACUUGACAGUUGGAAUGUCCACAGCGAGACUGAAUCUCAUCAAUUUCGUUACAUGGCUGCCAUCCUUCGACACUGCUUAUUAACCACGGGCCCUACUGAAGACAAAACUGAAGAGUUGCACAGCAAUGCAAUCAACCUCUUAAGCAAUGUUCCCGUUUCUUGCUUGGAUGUUCUUAUUAGUCCAUCAUCCCAAGAGGAAACAGAUAUAAAAUACAAUGGUAUGAAUAUGGGAGCAAUUCAGAUUUUACUGGAUUUCAUGGAGAAAAGAAUAGACAAGGGAAGUAGCUAUAGAGAAGGUCUGACUCCAGUUCUCAGUUUAUUAACGGAAUGCUGCCGAACUCACAGGAAUAUCAGGAAGUUUAUCAAAGCUCAGGUAUUACCUCCCUUAAGAGAUGUAUCAAAUCGUCCCGAAGUUGGCACAACAGUGAGAAACAAGCUUGUGCGCCUUAUGACACAUGUUGACCUUGGAGUAAAGCAAAUUGCAGCAGAAUUUCUUUUUGUUCUUUGUAAAGAGAGAGUUGACAGCCUGUUAAAAUAUACAGGCUAUGGUAAUGCGGCAGGAUUGCUGGCAGCAAGGGGCCUGUUAGCAGGAGGAAGAGGAGAUCAUUGGUACUCAGACGAUGAAGAUACAGAUACAGAAGAAUACAAAUCUGCAAAGCCCAACAUUAACCUUAUCACUGGUCACUUAGAAGAACCAAUGCCCAACCCGAUGGAUGAAAUGACAGAAGAACAAAAAGAAUAUGAAGCUAUGAAGCUUGUCAACAUGUUUGAUAAACUUUCCAGAGAUGAGCUUAUAAAACCAAUGGGAGUGCGGCCGGACGGUACAAUGGCUCCUUUGGAAGAAGCAGUCAGCCAGUACCAUACCAACAAGCAAGACAGUUCAGAUUCAGACUAAAGCAUCACCUGCUUCGCUCUCAAUUCUCCUCUAAUCCACACUUCUCUUUAGAGCCGCGACAUCUUUUAUCUAGGCAUUUUAUCCUCACAUUAGCCAGCAUCACUUUAACUGUUUCUGUUAUUGGGAUAUUUAAAUGAUGGGCCCUGUGGUGUAAUGUCUGAAUUUUUAUUAUGUCUGUUUAAAGACCAUAUCAAUUUAUUAGUUUAUGAUCUUUAUUAAUUUAAAACCAAACGUAUUUCAAAGGGAUAAAAGGUGACAGCUCACAAUGUAAAAUAAAAUAGAAAUACUUUAAUUUUCCAGAAUGCUCUUUUCUGGACUCUGUAGAUUUUCCUAUUCUCGAUAUUUUAAUUUUUGUAUUGUCUUGUCAGUCUCUCCCUUUAUAUAAUUGUAAUUAAAGAGGCAUGUUUGUUUAAUGGCAUUAGGAGCAGGGGGUGUUUAAACUUAGAAGUCUGACCGACCUUGUGGAGCUGCAUUAACUGGCGUUAAACAGUGAUUUCAGGGCUACCCUUUUUAAAAUGUCGUCGGGUUUCUUAUUGCUACACACUUCUGUGGUUAAGCUGCUGCCUGAGAUUUUACCAAUGUGUCAGUCCCUGACUGCUGCUAAAAUUACCUUUAAACUGGGAACAAGGUGAUGUAUGUUGUAUGUCCUCCCUCCCCUCCCCAGUUAAGACCACAUGAAUAUACACACACGCCCCUUCCCAUCUUUGGUUAAGUAAAAGCAUCCCUAUUCAAAACAGCAUUCAAGUAUGUACACUUAAAUGUUGCCAUGAAUGGGAGUGGACUAAAGUGAAGUGCAUGUGCAAGUGUUCUACUGAAUUGGGGCCUACUUUUGGAGAUUAACGGGUAUGCCUCACUUGAAGGGAAGACAAACUAAUCAACAGAGAAAUAUUUCCUUUUAGGGAGAACUUAGGAAGCGAUGGGAUAGAGAAUGGGAAGGUGGGAAGGAGAAGAAAGUGUCACUUCCAACUCUGUACUCUUUAAAAACAAAGAUUAAAGUUUUAGGCGUGCUGCA